AACGUCUCCGUGAUUGAAUCGAGCGCUGUUGGCACCAAAAUACCUCUUCCUGCCGGCAGUGGACCCAGACGCUGGUGGAACAAUGGCACUAUUGUGGAGUACGGUAUCGAAAAUGACAAUGACCAAUUCGGACUGAUCUACCAAAAUCCCGGGCUACUGUAUUUGGAAGUGAAGCAGCCACUGGAUCGAGAGAGCAGUCAGAUGAUAGCGUUGAAUGUCUCGGCCAAAGAUGGAGGCACACCACCGAGGUACGGUAAGAUCAGUUCUAAUGACCUGAGUUCAGUUCAAGAUACUUCUGAACACAACGUCUCCGUGAUUGAAUCGAGCGCUGUUGGCACCAAAAUACCCCUGCUGCCGGCAGUGGACCCAGACGCUGGUAACAAUGGCACUAUUGUGGAGUACGGUAUCGAAAAUGACAAUGACCAAUUCGGAUUGAUCUACCAAAAUCCCGGGCUACUGUAUUUGGAAGUAAAGCAGCCACUGGAUCGAGAGAGCAGUCAGAUGAUAGCGUUGAAUGUCUCGGCCAAAGAUGGAGGCACACCCACGAGUACCGAG